AUGCGAGUUUCGUUCAACCGUGUCGUGGGAACUUCCCUUUUGGUAGGAUGGGCGGCUGCCUCUAUCCCUAGUAUCGAAAUCAAGGACUGGAAUCACAGAGCAAUGGAAAAAAUCGAGGUUGACCUAACGUUUGACCAAUUUUUGUUUGAAUCGGCAACAAAUUCUGCUGCGCUCACCGAGGCUUCGUCCCCUGAUGCUAUUCCUCAUUCACGAUCACAUACGCAAGGCGAAAAGCUCCGCUACCACGUGGCACUGCGAACUCCGACUGCUAUGGUUAAGUCUGUAGAAGAGAUUCCUAUAUUAUAUCUAAAUAAGGGGCAGGUCUAUGGUACUAUAGUCAUGGACUUGAAUCCGCCAGCAAUUCCUCUUGAAGUGUUCCGAUAUUGA